GAAGUGAAGUGUUUGGUUUUUUUUUCAUCCACCAUUCGUUCUGUACCCAUCGAACCCUAGCUUCCGAUUCCCCAUCAACUCGCAUCAGUUUCAUAAUUCAUGGAUAUGUUAUCCGGGUCGAUUGUUUCGAGAUUCAUCUGAGAUGUAUGGAUAUGUUAUAUAGUGUUAUUCUGUGUCUCUAUUAAACCAAUUUUUUCGGCCGAACAGAAAUACGCUGAAAUGGAUAUGAUCAGCAAGCUUCCGCCAAACAUAAUAGAAACCAUCCUAUGUUUUUUACCGAUUCAAGAGGCGGCAAGAACAAGUAUCUUAUCUACGGAAUGGAGGUACCAUUGGACCAAAAUUCCUAAACUUGUGUUUAUCGAGGAGGCGUUUCAAGUAUCAACCGACGACGACGGUGAGUUGUCUGAUAUGGGUCAACCAUAUAUCCACCCGACUCAAAGGAAUGAGAUGAUCAAGAGGCGUAAACUGUUUGAUGCUAUACACCAAGUUUUGUCGAAGCAUGAGGAUCCGAUACAUGAGUUCACCCUUUCCAUGGUCACUGAUGGCUCCUCUGAGAUUGACCGUAUAUUGUUUCUUUUGGCCCAGAAAAAUACCGUCAGGAAGUUAACACUUGAGUUUAUCUCGGUGUAUAAGUUAUAUUCAAUUCUCUUCUUUUUUGAUCGGUUGAUAGACCUACGUCUCACUGGUUGUGAUCUUGACUAUGAACCGAUGUUUGAGGGAUUUCGUGACCUUGCAAGCUUAUAUUUGCAAGAAGUAAUGACUUCUCGAAAAGCACUUCUACAUAUCCUAUCCACUUGUCCGUUACUUAAGAGCGUGUAUCUGGAUAUGGAUCAUUUAGAUUUCGAUGAAAGUGAUGAUUCCACCGUUGUUAACCUAGUUGAGUGUUUACCAAUGGUUGAAAAUCUGUCUAUUGGAUUCGGGAUCAUCGAGUGUUUUACACAUGACGGAAUUCCACAAGAGCUUCCAAUCGCGUUAGUCCACCUCAAAUACUUAUGUAUAAAAGACAUAUGCUUCACUCACAAUUACGGGUUACCUUCUCUUUUUCUUUUGAUCAAAAGCUCUCCUAACUUGGAAAAACUCAAGUUAGAGAUUUUAGAUGAUUCAUGGGUUGAGAUAUCCGAGCGAAGAGACUCCUUUACACUUAAAGAGGAUUUAGCUAUACGGUUAGAGCAUCUAAAAGAGCUGGAGAUUGUAAAUAUGAUUUACCGGAAUGCUGAGUUGGAUUUUGUGAAAGUUAUUUUGGCAAAGUCUCCUAUGCUAAAGAAGGUGAAGAUAUUCCUCUACAAUGAGGUUGCGAAGGAUGAAGCGUUGCAUAUUUCAGGAAUUCUCAAACAGUCCCCACACGCAUCUUCGGUUGUGGAGUUUUUUGUUGAAAUUAUCGGGGGCUCGGGCUCACGCUCCCGAAAUGUAAUGUAAGAUGACAAGAAAAAGGAGGUUUUGUUUGUGGCUGUUAAUUGCAUCUACAGCUUUGUGAAUGUGUGUUUUGGUUUGAGAACAUUGAUGUGCACUUGACUUUAUGCUGGUUUCAAGUGAUUAUUGCUUCUUGUGGACA